UUUGGAAAAACCGGGAUUUUUAAUAUUUUUGCAAGGUAUUCCAAACACAGCUUUUGACGUUUUGGACUUUACAGUCCAUAUCAACAGAAGAUCGGAAUGCUACCAGACUUUAAGAGACCUUUCUUUGGUUUACUGAUUGGUUUCAUUCUCUGGAUCGUGGCCUUGGCUACGCCAGGAUGGAUAGUUUACAGCAAGGAACACAUGUAUGACAGUUAUACAAAAGUAAAGGAAUCAACGAAUAUCGGAAUAUUUUAUACAGUAGUCUGUGGAUCUGAAAAGUGCGAGUGGACUUCUCAGUUUUUUUCAAUAUUAUUAGGUAACCAUAUUGAAGUUAAGACCUUCAGCGUGCUCUCACUUGUUUUAUACGGAGUCGGUUUAGCGAUUGUUUCCAAACAAAAAGCUAUAAAUGGGGCGUUCAUAGUUCUCACUGCAGUUACUUUGGCGUUUACUGUGAUCAUUCACCAUACUAUAACACACGUUUAUUUACUUAUUGGGGCUGAUGGCACGGGAUUUUCGUACUCCUACUUCCUCGCUAUCUUGACCUUUAUUUUAAGUCUUAUUUCGCUUGUUGUGAUUAUCAUUCGUUGUAACAGAGUCACUGAAGAAGAAAAUAAUUCCAGAAAUCUCGGGCUAGAUGUUAGACAGGCCUCAAAGAGAGAAGAAUACUGAUAUGACAAUUUUUAUUUUUUAUCGAGACAUCAAAAUUAAACUUUAUCAAAUGGA